UUCGUCAUUUCUCUUCCAGAAAGUGGAUAUUUAAUUAUAACCCCAAGAGAAUUUGAAAAGGACAACAACUCGUUUAUCAGAUUGGAAAGAUUCGAAGAUAUCUUCUAUGUAGUGAAUUAUAGAUGACCUGGGAUCUCUUAACAACGGGAAGUAACACAGCUGUAGAAAAGGAAUGAAGCAUGGCCAUUUCUCCCUCUGUGGUCAUUUAGCAAAUACUGUCCGACCACGGUGAAACAUGUAAAAAAAAACGUUGAUAAUAAGAAUAACUUUGAGACGAGAGACGAGUCUAUGUUGGAAAGCAAGUUGAAUAAUUACCAUGCAUUAACCAAACCACAUGAAAGUAUGAAUUCGAUAAUAGACGCGUCAAUCCAUGCAUAAUCGUUAUUUUACAUAUAACACUAUGUAUGUGCUUACAAUGUCAGGAUAAGAUAUAAAUCAAAUGCGUUACCAUGAAAAACUGAAGUCAUUUAAGUCCUUUAGAAAUAGAUAUUAAUUGUCAGUACACAAAGACGACAAGCGGCUUCAUCAGAUUUAAGUUUCAAAUAUUCCAAUUUCUUAAUUAAAGGAUCUCAUUUAAUAUACGACAGCGUAGGAAGAUGAAGUCGCGGCUGUUCUUUGCUUAGCACAAUUAUUAGCAGUUUCAUGUGUUGGUGUGUAAAAACGAAAACACCCGAUAUAAUUAAAUUUAAUAUAGUAUUAGUAAUAUGGAUGAACCAAAUACAGCGGAAUAAUUAGUACGUAUAUUCUAACAGGAAGGAGAGUUAUAGGUGCAUUCUUCGUCAAUUUAUUAUCUACAAAUUAAAAAAACUAAACGAUCCUGCCUGUCAUUAAACCCGUAGAGUGUGAUAAUAGAUCAGGUGAACAAUCGAUGAAUAAUUGAGACGCUUUCAGAGAUUUCAAUCUGGUUUGAUAUUUCACCACUUCAAACUGACAAAUGAUAUUAAAUAUGGAAACUUCAACUUUGUUCGAAGACAGUUUCGUCGACACAUUUGAUGUUUUAUCAUCUUCAGACUCGUCAAUUCAAGUGGGUUGGAAACUAAAAGCGGCAAAUAUACCUCUAGUGCGGCAAUUUCAGGUGCAUUAUCAAAAGGUUGCAAGCCAAUAUAUUCAAUACGGACCAUUGCUUCACUCAAAUGAACGUGAAUAUGAAGUAGAACAUUUAGUAGCAGACACAUACUAUAAAAUUUGCCUCGUUGUGUACACAAGCAAUACAACAGAUUAUCGAGAAUGUACGGAUGCCUCAACAACAAACUGGCAACUACCUGUUUCAGUGGGAAGCAGCAUAGGGGCUGUGUUGGCCCUUUCAGUUAUUGUACUUAUCGUCUUGUUGUCAAGGUGCAAAGUUCCUCUUCGAUACAGAGGAAAGAAAUCGAAAAGCUCAACUAGAUACGACACAAUUUCAUCGAUGUACCGUGAUGAUCAGUUUGAGUGUAGUGAAACUGUUACACACGGCAAUGACGACGACUUUGUGUCCGAAUUUGACGACGAAGCAUUCUAUGAAGUUCCUCUUCAUGAUCCUACACAGUCAAUGCGGACUGUGAAUCCUGACAAAUUAGCGAUACAAAACGGCCAACGCCAUUGCCAUGUACAUCCUCACGGCCAGGCAAACAGUCAACAUAGAAAUUCAUUGGGACGGAUAAACUGCUCACAGCCCCAUCAUCAUACGCGACAAUUUCGGGCAUACUCUAUACAAGCUGAUGGUAGUGUUUGCUUUUUUAAUCAGCCAUGUUCACCUUUAGCGAAAGAUCCGAAAAUACCGACGUUUAUGAGACAGGACUCAAAACAAGACGAAACUAUUUCCCCCACAGGAUAUAAGCAUACGCCCAAUACACCUUUCACACGUUCGAUGUCGCUUAAAGAAUAUCCAACAACACGGUCAGAUAUUACCAUGCCAGAACAAAAGGUUGGCUCACCACCCGCUCAGGCUUUUACAUUCAUCGACGAGAUUCCAGAAGUUUUUUCAUCGAAAACAUCUUCAAAGUCCAAAAUGUCUUCUGAGGUAUCAGCAACUACACCAAGCAGAGCUGUAAAGCGUUUGCUCAUCACUGAUAUUGACUUUGAUGAUGCAGAUAUGAGUAAGUACGGUGCCUCGGGAUGGGGUCCGACAUCAAAUGCUACUGGCAAGACGAUAGAAAUGACGUCAACGAAUCGAAUGAUUAAAUUACCCGAUAGUGUUUUGCUCGAUGAGCACACAGUGUAAUAUUGAUGCAGUUAAAUAGUAUGAAAUAGUAAUUUUUGGGCUAUGGUGUACGCAUUAUACGUGAUAAACACCAGAUAAAAAAAAAGAAAAAGAAAACACAAAUGCAAACAAUUGUAUCUUUGAUAUUGUAUGAAACCAGAUAAAAUAUUUUGGUAAAAAUGCUAUUUUAUUUACUAAAUUCAUUCCGUUAUAUCGAGUUAUACCACAAAUCGUUACAAUAAUUACAAGUAAAGAUUUUUGUCAUUACUACACUCAGAAAUACACUUCAAAUGGUCAAAACACAAAUCACAUUUGUAAAUACGAUGAAAAAGAGUAGUUCUCAAGGAAUAGUGUAAGAAACCUAAAUAUUUGAAACAUUUUCACCAAAUUAGAUUAUCUUUUACCCGUUAAAUUAUUCGUUAUAAGGAUUCCACUUUAAUGUUAUACUGCUCAAAAGUACGUGCAAAUGCCGAUAAAUAAGGAAGAUCUCAAUAUUAAGACAGGUGCGUUUAAGUGCAAAGUCCAGCAUGUGAUCAUAUAACAAACAUGUAUAUAGUGUAGGUACGGUAAAGUGCAAAGUCUUACAUAUGAUCAUAUAACAAACAUGCAUAUAGUGUAGGUUCGGUAAAGUGCAAAGUCUUACAUAUGAUCAUAUAACAAACAUGCAUAUAGUGUAAGUACGGUAAAGUGCAAAGUCUUACAUAUGAUCAUAUAACAAACAUGCAUAUAGUGUAAGUUCGGUAAAGUGCAAAGUCUUACAUAUGAUCAUAUAACAAACAUGCAUAUAGUGUAGGUACGGUAA